AUCUCUCUCUCUCUCUCUCUAACAUGCACACAAAGUAAUGGACAAAAAACCAUGCAACUCAUCAUCUCAUGAUCCUGAAGUGAGAAAGGGACCAUGGACCAUGGAAGAAGACUUGAUCUUGAUAAACUAUAUUGCAAAUCACGGUGAAGGUGUUUGGAAUUCCUUAGCCAAAGCUUCUGGUCUCAAACGAACGGGAAAGAGUUGUCGACUCCGUUGGCUAAACUACCUUCGUCCUGAUGUUAGAAGAGGAAACAUUACACCCGAGGAACAGCUUUUGAUCAUAGAACUUCAUGCAAAGUGGGGCAAUAGGUGGUCCAAAAUUGCAAAGCAUCUUCCAGGAAGAACUGACAAUGAGAUUAAGAACUUCUGGAGAACAAGGAUCCAAAAGCACAUUAAGCAAGCUGAGACUUCACAACAACAUGGUAAUUCAGAGAAUAAUGAUCAUCAAGCAAGCACUAGUACUAGCAAAGUGUCCACCAUGGCACAUCCAAAUGAGACUUUCUCUCCACCCUCAUACCAAGGAACUUUUGAGCCAUUCCAACCUCAAUUCCCUACAAUCACUGAUCAAUCAAGUUGUUGUACCACCACCAACGAUAACAACAACUAUUGGAGCAUCGAGGAUAUCUGGUCGUCUAUGCAAUUACUCAAUGGAGAUUAAACCUAGCUAUAUGCAUGCUUAUAUAAAUCAUAUAUAUGAUGAUAUAUAAACCUAAGCUCUUGUAGAGUGUGUUCAGGCUUAAUAACAUCAUUAGGUCUGUUUAUAUGAGUAGUCUAAGUUUGGUGUUUGUAAUGCAUGAUGUGAGUUAAGAAUUAAUUUAGUUAUGGAUUGAAAUAUAUAGUAACUUAUAUACUACAUGUGCAUUCUCCUAUUAUCGUAAAUAAUAUGGUUGUUGUACCAUAUAAGAUAUACUUGAGAACUGCAAAUUUGAAGCAUUAUAUGUAUAUAUUAUCAGUGACGGGCAUGCUCGUAUUUUAGUAAA